CUUGGCCCCUAAAGGAUGCCGUAGUUGAAUGACCAAACACACAGUAGGUUCAGUCAGUGACAAAAAGGGGUCUCUGCUUCUGAAAGGCAUCUCUUCAUGAUCAACUGAACCACCCAUGCAUAAUAAUUAAAUUGCAUUUACAAAGUCUCCAGUGCUUGCAGUAUGGAGGGGGAGCCCCUGUCCGCCCUGUGCACGCCUGCUUUGGUGGUGGAUGUGGACAAAGUGAAGAGAAACGCGCAGAGGAUGAGGGAGCAAUGCCACAAACUGGGAGUCCAGCUCAGACCGCACAUGAAGACCCACAAAACCCUUGAGUGUGCCGACAUCAUGACAGGUGGAUCUCGAAGGUGCAUAGUGGUUUCCACCCUGGCAGAGGCCACGUUCUAUGCUGAGCAUGGCUUUGAUGACAUCCUCUAUGCAUACUCUCUUCCCUUUGACAAGGUGGAGCGCUGCGCAGCCCUGUCAGAGAGACUGGAGCUUUUCCAAGUUCUGCUUGAUCAUCCCGAUGCUCUGGAGCAGCUCAGGAAGAGGCCCCUGAAAGGUGGCCGGCAGUGGCACGUGUGGCUGAAGCUCGACUGCGGCAAUGGGAGAGCUGGCGUCCUGCACUCGGAGCCCGAGGCGCUCAAACUGGCCCAAGCCGUCGCCGAGGCAGAUGGCGUGGAGCUAACAGGAGUGUACGCCCACUGUGGGAACAGCUACAACUGCAGAGGAGUGGAGCAGAUACAGGCGGUCGCCCAAGAAACCACCAACUUUACUCUGCAGUUCAUGGAAAAAUUGAAGGCUGCCGGCAUCAGCUGCAAGUCCAGCAUUGGCUCCACUCCUUCCUGUAGCCAUCCUGUACAGGACAUGGGAAAGCUGAGCGAGGUGCAUCCUGGAAACUACGUCUUCUACGAUGUCCAGCAGUCUCUGAUUGGCUCGUGCAGUCUCGACGACGUGGCUGUGAGAGUUUUGACGAGAGUCAUAGGACACUGUCCACACAGGAACCAGCUCCUGGUCGACUGCGGAUGGGCUGGAAUCAGUUUGGAUGGAGCUGGAAAACUUCCCACUGGAUACGCGGUGAUUGAAGGGCAUCCCAACCUCAAGUUGCUGUCUAUGACUCAGGAGCAUGGGAGGGUGGAGCCCAUCUCAGGUCUGCUGGACUACAGCAAAUACCCCAUUGGCUCUCUGCUCACACUGAUCCCCUACCAUUCGUGUGCAACAGCCAUGAUGCACCCUGUGUACCAUGUGCACUCUGAAGGUCGCCUGCUGGGAAAGUGGACCCCCACCAGGGGGUGGUGAACAUCUGUCCAGUUGCGCAUUUAAAGCAGCUCGAAUGGAUUUGAUAACUAGAAAACUGUGGUUAGAGUAGAGAGAAUAACGCAUCAUGCCUUAUUAUAGAGACAAAUUCUAAAAAAAAAAAAAA